CAUACUAACAUCGCUUUAUAGUUCGUGUGCACACGUGGGUCCUUAUUUCCACGCUUCGAGCGGUAUACGCUGGUUUCUUUUUUCGUUCAACGAGUUUUUCUUCGGUUUCGAACGACCCGCUUGUGAUCGGUCGAUGUUUGCCCGCGAGUGUACGAAUCAUUCGCCGUUAAAUAAAUAGAUAAUUAGAGGACUGCUGUAUUGCACGACGCUGAAGAAAAACAUAAUUGUUCUUUACAUAAACCUAUUUCACAACACGCUCGAUGGAUAUGAACUAUUGAUUUUAUACACGUUUGCCGAUCGUUUGUGACAUUCUGUAAAUAGUGCAUGCAUGCAAGCAUAAUAAAAGUGAAAUUUUCGGUAAUCAUUGAGAACUCGAAACGGGGUUACGUUGAUUUUCUUCGGAAGUAGGUGCAUGCAAAUCAUCGUUGCAUGUCUACAUUGGGUUUAAUGAUUGAUACCAGAAUUGUUGACAGCAAGAGAUUGUUCGAAUAUGUCAGCUAUGGUUUCGAAGAUUUCAGCCGGUAAUGCGGAAAAUGGGACCAACGUAAUUUGCAAUAAUGAUCGCGACGUAGAAAAGGGUCAGUUCGAUUCGAACGUCUCGGGCCUCUCGUCGAUCUGUUCGCGGCCGGCGUCUUCGUCGCGGACGUCGACGUCGGCCGAGAGCAGAGUCAAGCUCCAGGAUAAACUAAGGAACAGCAGCAAUUCGAAUGUGUCGAACGUCGCUGUUGAAGUGGAAAUCGGAACAACGAACAAUGAACCGAUAGGUGUGUUGAGCGAAGGAGCGGGGACAGAGGCGACCACAACGUCGACGACGACAACGUCCAAGACGAGGACGCGUACGGGAAGAGGAACGGAAAGGAGCGUAGCGAGCCGGUGGAAGGCAGUCGGCAGCCUGCUGCGCCGCCUGGCACUCAUCAUGCUUCUGCUAGCGAGCUUGGUUGCCUGUUUGGCUCUGCUCGCCAUAUACGCUGGCCCUAUUUUCCUGGUGCAGCUACUGGUCGUCGUUCUUGUUGCGUAUUUAGUUUCCGGAGGACGUUUCCGAUGGUUCUAUGUCGUCUACAAAACUGCGCCCAGAGACAUUAUAGCUAUAACCCGGUUUAUGAAAGUUCUCUGGCUUAUACGUGGUUACCAGAAAAAGAAUAGCGGCGUCGCCGAUGUAUUUCGACAACAUGUUAGUCGACAUCCCAAUAAAGUUUGUUUCAUUUGCGAAGAUCAAGAGUGGACAUUUCAGCAGGUGGAAGACUAUAGUAAUAAAAUCGCAACGGUAUUCAAAUCUCAGGGAUUUCGUAAAGGAGAUGUGGUUGGCAUAUAUUUAGAAAAUAGGGUGGAAUUCGUUGCCCUUUGGCUUGGUCUGAGUAAACUGGGAGUAAUAGUACCACUGAUUAACACCAAUCUUCGUAAAACAUCUCUUCUGCAUAGCAUCAAUGUGUCCAAGUGUCAGGCUCUUAUUUAUGGAGCGGAUUUUACAGAUGCUGUGUCAGAUAUUGUGGGCUUGUUGGAUUCGAAUUUUCCAUUGUACAGGAUCGGUGAUUUAUCAAAUUCCAAGAUAUCAAAAUUAAACGAUAAAGACUUGGCCGCUCUUUUGGCCGACGUUUCUCCAGCCCCGCCGGUUCUUCAAGAAAAAGGCUGUUACCAUGAUCAAUUAUUGUACAUUUUCACCAGUGGCACAACUGGUUUACCUAAGGCUGCGGUUAUAACAAAUUCUAGGUAUAUGUUUAUGGCAACUGGUAUAUAUAUGAUGGUACCAUUCAAAUCUUCAGAUAGAAUUUAUACUCCAUUACCAUUAUAUCAUACAGCCGGUGGUGCAAUGGCUAUUGGCGCGGCUCUUCUCCAUGGAGCUACAAUUGUAAUUAGAAAAAAGUUUUCAGCGAGCGCUUACUUUACUGAAUGCGUCAAAUAUAACUGUACGGUCGGCCAAUAUAUUGGAGAAAUGUGUAGAUAUAUUUUAGCUGUACCUCCAAAACCAGAAGACAAACAGCAUAAUGUUAGAGUGAUGUUUGGAAAUGGUUUGAGGCCGCAGAUAUGGCCCGAGUUCGUAGAACGAUUUAACAUUCCACGAAUUGCUGAAUUUUAUGGAGCAACUGAAGGAAAUGCUAAUAUCGUAAAUAUCGACAACACUGUUGGAGCCAUUGGUUUUAUAUCCCGAAUAAUUCCAUCAAUUUAUCCUAUUUCUAUUCUAAAAGUAGAUGCUGAUGGAGAACCUGUAAGGGAUGCAAAAGGUUUAUGUCAAGUGUGUGAACCAAAUGAACCAGGUGUUUUCGUUGGAAAAAUUUUACCCAAUAAUCCAACUAGAGCAUUUUUGGGAUAUGUGGAUCAAAAAGCAUCCGAAAAGAAAAUAGUUCGUGAUGUAUUUACCAAAGGCGAUUCAGCAUUUAUAUCUGGUGACAUUGUAAUAGCAGAUGAAUUCGGUUAUUUAUUUUUUAAAGACAGAACAGGUGAUACCUUUAGGUGGAAAGGAGAAAAUGUGUCAACAUCUGAAGUCGAAGCUAUUAUUAGUAACGUUGUUAACUAUAGAGAUUGCAUUGUUUAUGGAGUCGAGAUUCCAGGCCUUGAAGGUAGAGCCGGAAUGGCAGCAAUAUACGACGAAAAAUCUAUGCUAGACAUCAAUAAAUUAUCAGUUGACCUAAAGGAACACUUAGCAACGUAUGCAGUACCUAGAUUUAUUAGGAUUUUAACGAAAAUUGAUCUUACAGGUACAUUUAAAUUGAAAAAAAAAGAUCUUAUAGAAGGUGGAUAUGAUCCAAAAAGGGUACAAGACAAAUUGUACUACUUAAGCGAAAAGUCGGGAUACCAGUUGAUAACCACUGAAAUUUAUGAACAGAUUCAACAAGGAAAAAUUCGUUUUUAAAUUAUGUCCUAAGUAAAAGAAAGCGAUCAUGGGAACAAUUUUCACUACAAAUUUUUACUGG